AAAGCCGGGCGGGAAGAGCGAGGGCUCAGGGCUCAGGCCGGUCCAGCGGCUGCGCGGCAGCCGGCAGUCCUCAGUUAUCAACGAGCUGUGUCCGUGGGAGGAUACGUGCCGUGUGUCUGGUCUGUGCUCAAUUAAUUUACCGAGUAGUGUGGAUGAAGUAAGUGUGAACACCAAGUCGGGAUAUAAGGAAGCCCUAAGUAAUUCAUACCAUCGGAUCCUACUUGGAAUACUUGAACGUUGAUCGUGACUCGCACCUAAACACAACCUACCAACCACCAUGGGUAUCCGCCACUCCAAGAAGUCCCACGACAUCCAGUCCAGCCCCAAGAAAAAUGGGAGCACUGCCGACACAGAGGUGAAGAUCAAAGAGCUGCCCGAGGACGCCCCCGUCAAGUUGGAGGAGGCGAAGGCGGUGGAGACCAUCGAGGAGGCAGCCGAGAAGACAGUCACGACGCCUAACGGGGACGGCACCGUAGAGCAGACGCAGGUGGAGGAAAAGAACGAAGCCAACAAGGAAGACGCGAACAAGGAGACGGAAACAAAGGAAGAGGAGAAGAAGGAGGAAGAGAAGAAAGAAAAGAAAGUCAAGAAGAAGAAAUCAUUCAGGAGUUUCUCGUUCCUGCGUCGGGAGAAGAAGGUGGCGAAGGUGGAGAACACAAACGGAGAUGUUGCCAAAGAGGAGGCCAAGGCUGAGGGAGAACAGAAGGAGGAAGUGAAGAAGGAGGAAACUGCAGCAGUUCCACCUGUAGCAGAGGAAAAGCAGGAGGAGGCAGCAGCAGCACCAGCAGCAGCACCUGCCCCAGCACCAGAAGAGAAGAAGGAGGAGGCCCCUAAGGAGGAGGAAGCCCCCAAGCCAGCGGAGGCACCGGCCCAGGAGAGCUUGCCGGAGACGACGUCCGAGGCAGCUUCACCACCCACCAGCGUUCCCCUCCCCUCGGUCACCCCACCCCCCACUCCCCUUGAGCCUCAGGCCGACCAAUCCGCACCCCUCGCUCAGCCCGAACAGGUCUCGGAGUCUGAAGCCUCACCCGUUCCAUCACACUCAGAUGUUGAAGUGGCGUUGGAACCUUCGCCUGAAUGUGACCAUAUCCAACUCUCUAUGGCACCAGCAGAAAUUCUGCAACCCAAUUUACUAGACUCAUUUGAAACUCACUCAGCACCUGAUGCUUUUGUUGAACAGGCUGCUGCCCCAGAGUCCCCACAGCAAGCAGCCCCAGCUGGAGAGCCAACCCCAGCCACACAAGUCUCCCCUGCACCAGAGGCCACCCCACCAGCAAAAUCUAGUCCCGUCCAGGAAUCCGUACCAGCUCCAGUUGUUGCCCCUGCCCCAGCACAAGCAGCCCCUGCAGAGCCUGCCCCAGCUCCUGCAGCUGAGCCUACUCCAGCUCCAGCACCUGCUGCUGAACCUGCCCCAGCACCUGCUGCUGAGUCCAAGCCAGCACCUGCUGAGCCUGCCCCAGCACCUGCUGCUGAGUCUAAGCCAGCACCUGCUGAGCCUGCCCCAGCACCUGCUGCCGAGUCUAAGCCAGCAGCUGCUGAGCCUGCCCCAGCAUCUGCUGCCGAGUCCAAGCCAGCACCUGCUGAGCCUGCCCCAGCACCUGCUGCUGAGUCUAAGCCAGCACCUGCUGAGCCUGCCCCAGCACCUGCUGCUGAGUCCAAGCCAGCACCUGCUGAGCCUGCCCCAGCACCUGCUGCUGAGUCCAAGCCAGUACCUGCUGAGCCUGCCCCAGCACCUGCUGCUGAGUCCAAGCCAGCACCUGCUGAGCCUGCCCCAGCACCUGCUGCUGAGUCCAAGCCAGCACCUGCUGCUGAGCCUGCCCCAGCACCUGCUGCUGAGCCUGUCCCAGCUCCAGCUCCUGCUGCUGAGUCUGCCCCAGCUCCAGCUCCUGCUGCUGAGUCUGCCCCAGCACCUGCUGCUGAACCUAAACCAGCACCUGCUGCUGAGCCUGCUCCAGCUCCAGUACCUGCUGCUGAGCCUAAGCCAGCACCUGCUGCUGAGCCUGCCCCAGCUCCAGCACCAGCUGCUGAGCCAGUUCCUGCACCUGCUGCUGAGCCUGCCCCAGCUCCAGCACCAGCUGCUGAACCAGCUCCUGCACCUGCUGCUGAGCCUGCCCCAGCUUCAGCACCAGCUGCUGAGCCAGCUCCUGCUCCUGCUGCUGAGCCUGCCCCAGCUCCAGCACCAGCUGCUGAGCCUGCCAAAGCUCCAGCACCUGCAGAAUCCACACCAACACCACCUGCUGAACCUAUCCCCACACCUGCUCCCGUUGCAGAAGCAGCAGUUACAGAAGCAGUAGUGGAAUCUAUACCAACCCAACCUCAAGAACCUGUUGUGGAGUCUGUUCCAGUUAAAACUCAGGAGUCAGUAUUAGAAUCAGUUCAAGGUCCAGCUACAGGUGUUGCCAUUGAUGCGAGUACAACUGCAUCAACAGAAGCAACUGUAGUGGCAGCCUCUGCCCCAAGUCAAGAGUCUGUAAAGAAAGAGGAAGCUCCAGCUGCUGAGUCUGCUCCAUCUCCCUCUCAAGUCCAAGCCCCUACUUUACCUGCUGAAGCUGCAACAGCUCAGGAGAAAGUUCAGGUAUCAGUUUUAAAUGAAGACUCCUCCCUCCCUAACCCUCCUCUUGAUGAGGAACUAACUGUUGUAUCAGAAGCUUUGCAAUCAAGGCAAGUAGAAUCCCUAACAGUAGAUGUAUCACAAGUGUGUGACACUAAUAGUGAAAGUGCUGCCCCUCUCUUGGAAGAGAGUGAAGCAGUAUCAAGUGGUGCCAUAGUUGUAGAUGAAGCUCCUCAGGUGUUAGAGAAUGACUCACAAGAGUUACUAACACACACUGAGGAAGCUGCAUCAUGCAUAAAAGAGAGUGAAGUGUCUGAGCCUGUGGAGGUGAGCGAGGCGGGCUGUGGAGAUCUAGUAAGGGUGAACUCAGCCGACGAAGCCAAUGACAGCUGCCACCACUCUCCUGUUCAGGAACAGAAGGAGGAGGCUUCCGCAGCUGCCCCAGAAGAGACCAAAGAGGAGGAAGCUCCUGCAGCUGCAGAGACACCUGCUGCCCCAGCUGAGGUGAAGGAAGAGCCUGUCAAGGAGGAGGCCGCCCCUGUAGCUGAGAGUGCCCCAACUGAGGAGACUCCAGCCGCCGAGCCCAAGCAGGAGGAAAAGAAGACCGAGGAGGUGGAGGAAAGUGUUCCCAGUGCGGAGUCUCCCGUUGUGGAGUCUCAACCCGAGCCUGCUCAGGAGACUGCCUCAGUCAAGGAGGAAGCAACUGUGCAGGAAUCCUCUCCUGCUGAGGACCAGACUGUUGAACAGGAAGCUAGUUCUGUUGUAGAGGAGGCUCCUGUUCAGGAACAGUCCUCUACACAGGAAGAAGCUGCUGUUCAGGAGUCAUCCCCAGCAGAGGAAGUUCCUGCACAGGAAAGCACUCCUGUUGUAGAGGAGGUACCUGUGAAGGAAAGUGCCCCAGUUAAUGAGGAGGCACCAGUGCAGGAGUCCACCCCAGUGGAAACUGUAGAUCAGACCACAGAGAGUGCAGCAGAGCCCAAACAACAGUCAGAAGGGGUUCAUACCAGUGAGUCCACAUCUGAACAGAGUGCAGAAAAGGAAACCACACAGCAGGUCAAAGAGGCUGCUCCCAAGCCAGCAGCAGACUUGAAGGAGAAGUUCAAACAGCUGGACUCAGACGUGGAGGCCAUGCUGAAUUUAGCAGGAGGGGGAAAAAAGGAAGGUUGAGCGCCAUCACUCGAAGAAGGCGGAGGGUGAAGCAGAGAAAGUGGAAGAGUAAAACUAAAACCUGUGCAAUGCCACAAGCCAUUCCACCGUCAAGUAUAGUUGUGCGCCAUCCCCUCCUGGAGUGUGCAGGUCUCAAGUAGGAGCAGCAACAUCCUCCAACAAUUUUGGGGUUAAAGUCAUCACUGCUGGGAUGCUCUGCAACACUUGUUUGCCAGCUAUUAUUAGUAGUACUUUGUGUUCUCCAGGAAGAAUACACCUGCAAAGUCCUUAGACAGUUUUUAAUUGUUUUUCUAGUGGGAUAUUUGGAAACAUUUGCAAAGGAUAGUGGUUGGUAGGCAGUGUUGCUGUGCCUUGAUAGCUGGUCAGGCCUGUCGGAUGGCCAGUCUGGAGGACCCAUGGGCCAGGUUUCCGGGGGGGAAGAGGUUAACCAUUUUUAGACAACCACUUAAUUUUGUGUUACCCAGCGCACAACUUUUGAAAAUUAAUCUUAAGUGGAGACAAAAUGAAAUAGAGUACUUUCACUACUUGCAGCUUUACUGCAGAAGCAAGUCACAGUGUGAGAAGCUGGCCGUGAGGUGAAACUAUCGUUCGAGUGCCCCACAGCCAUGCAUGUCUCCUACCUGUUAGCUUAUAAUGACUACAAAGAUGAUGAUGUAGCCACAGGAGUGAAGUGAUAAAUCAACUAACCCAGCCACAUUCCUCCUAUUAGACAGUAUAUAGGUUCCUCCUGGCUCUCUUGAAUGGUAGUGUACACUAUCAGACAUGGUCCUCUUCAUUGGUUUCCUGAGGGAGGAAUGUAGCUGGGAUGUGAAUGAGGAAAUUUUUUUGUAUAGUUUGUAUUAUGUAUUGUGAAUAAGGGUGAAAUUUUUUGCUAGAACAAGAUAUUAUGAUUGCAUCUAUAAUGUAAAUUCUAGAAGUCAAAAAUGGAUGUUAUUGUACCAGUAGUGCUUCUACUUUAAUGGUACUUUUGUACUUUGAUGAAUUUAGAGAAGAAUCUUGCAUACCCAAUCUCAUUAGCAUAUUUGUAUUGCUCACGUAGUAAUGUUUUCUUUUUAUUACUGCCGAUAUGUUAAGUAUAGUUUCCUUGAUUGUUCCAUGACAUGUGCUUCUGCCUGCUAGUGUAUAAGGCCCAAGCACCAUAAAAAUUGCUGUUGCAUCAUAUUGCUGAGUUCAGGAACUUGGGAUGCCAUUACUCUUAUUCUUUCUUUUGUGCCUCUGGAAAAUUUUUGCAAGGAUGUAGUAGACAGUUUUAUAGUCUUUGUAUUUCAGAAUUUUCAGUAUAUAUAUAUAUAAACCUUAGGGGCAAUCUUUAUCUAUCAAAUGUAUUACUUUUAUCAUAUAAUGUUUAGGAAAUAAAUCUUUUUAUAUAUAAAGUUUUACAUUGGAACAAAGCACUUGUCUGGAUAGAGUAAAUUUUUACUUUAUUAGGGUUUCCACUGUCCAGUAUACAGAAGGUCACUCUGCACAAAUCUUAAGGCAUUGGCAAUAAGCAAAAUUUUACUGGUGCUUUGCUGUUUUAUGAUAUCUGAUUUGCAGUGUAAUAAAUAUAUUAAAAAGUUUACACCUGG